AAUUUAUAAUUUCUUUCGGAUUCUGGUGUACUAACCGCUUGACAUUUAUCUUCAUGAGAGCUAACCUAAAAUUAUAGAUAAUGAGUGGCAGCUGGAACAGUGAUGCAAUGGUCAAUUCACAAGCAACUUAUACAAUUACCGCACCGAUAGGCCGUAGUCAUUAUCAGUUGCUGGAGGAGAUCGAAUGUCCUAGUGAGCUUAUUGAAGUUGACGACGAUGUGCCAUAUCCAUCUUUGAACACUAGCCUAGUCCUCGAAGAAUCUCGUAUCGGAGUCGAUCGUCUUCCGAUCGUGGAUGACAACUUAUCCACUCCGCUAGUGGAGUAUGCUCCUAGUAAUGAUUUCCAACAGUACCAACAACACCAGGCUUACAUGCUGGAUAAUUAUGGGAAUAACUACCAUGCAUAUCAAGGCAGGACGGAUGUGCCUACUGAGCUUGCAGCCAGUUUACCGAUAACACAGCUGAUUCAUUCCGACAUACUACCGUAUGAAUCGGACUUUUCUCAACAAGUACCCACUGGAUUAUCACCUGUUGAUAGAGUACCAUCUAGCAUGAGCAUUGAUUCUACAAUAUCGGAUGAUGUCAACGUCGGCGUUCAUCCGCUUACUCUUGAUCCGUUGGAACAGCAACGGAAAUCACCACUUCUCGGAUUUCCUCCUGAACAGGAAGUAUCACCUACAACACGUACAAGAAAUACGGAAGCAGCGGAACGGGAAUCGAACUGUUAUAAACAGUUAAAUUGUAGUUUUAUGAUUAACAAAGAAACAGAGCCGAAAGAACAUUCACAACUUAAAGGCAUAACAACAGAAAAGCCGGAAAGUGUAGGAAAAGAAGAGAAAAAAGACAGGCCAAAAAAACCAAGACCGCUGUCAGUACGGGAGCUACAGAAUGCGCCAGUACCAGUAAGGCCUCCAAAACCGAAACCGCCUUCUAAAUCGCAGCUGCUAAUGGAAAAGCUAAAGGCAAGCAUUGAAGCAGAUAAACUAAAACCGAAAAGAGAUGUCAAAUCAAAACUUCGUGAUCUGUUGACGGUACCAGCACCCGUUCGACAUGUGCAACCGCAGACGACCAUUGAUGAGAAUGAAGAAAAAAUGUCUCCUAAUGAAGAAAGCAAAAAGAUAGUUCAACAGUCCUCUCCGAAUGCGAAGCGUCGGCGAAAUGAGGCGCUGAAAAGGGUAAAUUCAAAAGUACGGUCUGGGCAACCUCGGUCAUUACAGCAGCCUGAUAUCACAACAGCGACAACAUCACGACCACCUACGAAGUCAAGGCAGUUACUGAUUCAGCCGAAAACUGUCCAGAAAGGCCCACUUGCAAUGAGAUCCGAAAGGUUGAAAAAAGAAGCUUCUAAGGAGCUUCCCGGGGCCUCAAAUCCUAAAUCAAUACUUCAACCAUCAAACAUUACCAGAUCAGGAUCGCAGCAUUCCAGUUUGCCCACUUCAUCUACAGUACAUUCAUCACUUAAAGUUCGUAAAUACGAUAAACAACCUACCUCAAUGACCAUCGAAACACACCGAGAUGAUACUUUAAAAUUAAAGAGAUUAACAGAUGCUGUUCGUGGAUUUGACGUUCUUGCUAUUGUCUUCAGCCAGCAAAUCCAAAAGUACAGUGGCGAAUUAUACACAGCGCUUGAACAAAAUAGAAAAUACGAAUCUCAUGUGAAAGCAUUGGAAGCCAAGUAUGAGGAAUUACUGGUAGCGGUGAACGCCGAUCAUGCCCGACAAAUUGAAAAUGUGAAUCGAAAUCAUGAAGAUGAGUUAAAUUCGGUGAAGGAGCGAUACGAAAAACAGUUAGUGGAAUGUAAUGAUGAGUUAAUGCGAACAUUGGAUGAACAACGUUGCAUUCAUGAAGCGCAAAUCGAACGACUCAGCCGUUCGAAUCAAAUCCAAUGCGCCAAUUUGGAUAGCAAGUUGGCAGAAGCGGAAAAAGUGGUGGAAGAACUUAUCCGGGAUAAGAAAAAUCUUGAAGCAACACUGAGUAAGGAUACAAAUGAAAAAGUUGCGGAGCUAUCAAAAGAAAUCAGCAGCUUGAAUACGGCAUUGGAAAUUAAAUCAACAGAAAUCAAAACACUGAGACAUUCGAAUGCAAAACUGCAACUGAAAGUGGAGGAGAUUCCAUUGAAAGAUAUUGAAAUAAGCAAGCUAAAGCAUCGUGUUCGUGAGCUGAAAAUACUGGUGGAUCAGAAAACCAGUACAGAAAAGGUUUUGACAUCCAGGUUUGAAGAGUUACAGCGUUCUGCGCGUAAUCAAGCAGUAAUGUCCGAAUCAAUGCUGAAGGAGAAUGAUUUAUUGCGGUACAAAAUUGAGGAAAUGGAGUCGUCCACAUCCGAAGGAGAGCCAAACUCCGUAAAAGCUGAUUGUGCAGUGAAAUAUCGUAGCCCUCAGCCAGUGAGUGUUUGCUCGACUCGUUUAUGUCAAAGUGAACGACGUCCUCCUUCUUCAGUUACUCCGCAUAGAUCUUCACAAUCACGUGGUAAUGUGAUGACUCGUUCGAUCAUUUCGUUGUACCUCGAACAAGGCCGUAAUCGGUUCACCAAAGAAAAUAUUGAUACCAUUUAUACACCGGAAGGAACAUUCAUUGCAAAAGAUCGCGGUUGCUCACAAAGGUUGUCUUUCGAUGAUGCACAUGAUGCAGAUGAUGAAGGAACUCCUCGCCUUGUUCAGACAAAUGAGCAAUCACCAGUUCCCGGAAGCAGUAAUUAUCAUGAGGGAGCGUCAAGAACAACGGGCACUGUAAUAGAUAGCGGUAUAUCAGUUUGAAUUUAAAUAUCUCUCUACCGAUCGAUCUCGUCCAAAAAUUCUAGUUCGAAGGACCGUGCUUCAAUUACCACUUGAGUUUCCGCUUAGAAAGUGGAGCCGGAAAAAUUACCCGUUUUUCAAUGGUGAAUAGAACUGAAAUUGACCUCAUGUCUGCAGCAUUUACUUGUAUUCAUUUUAAUAACUAUCAGUUUUUUCAUCUAACAUUGUAGCUCCAGGUACUGGCAUUUUCCAAACUGUAAAAGAUAUGUAUGACUAUUCGUAAGCUGUAAGCAUAAGUAGUGUUGCGAAUUUUUCGGUUGCAAAAAAUGCCUUCAUUUUGAUUGAUUUAUAGCAAUGCACAUAUAACUAGCUGUUCAUUGUAUGGUAUUAAUUCUUGCGUCAUUAUAAACAAGUUUUCUC